AUGGGUACUUGCUGCGGUUAUGUGAAUCAGAAGUAAGAUCGAGAAAAAACGGUCUACACAGGCGGAAGUAAUCGGGAAAGAGAGAUCUAAGAUGUAUUAGAUAAGUUAAAUGAAGAAAAUUAAAACGAGACGCGCUUGCAUCCUUAAGACAAAAUGGAUGACUAAGGAGAGACUAGUUCUCAGCGGUCAUUCUAAUAUGGGAGCAUGCUUUAAAAUAAUAUAUAAUCAAUGAUUCAAAAUCAUGGAACGAUGGAGCAAGACGAAAACGAGAAAUAUAAAAAAGAGCCAUUCUAUGGAGCAGAAGCACUGGGAGAAUAUACUGCAAUAUAGACUUAAGAACUAAAUUUGUAGAAUAUAGCAAAUGAAGAAGUAUUACCUGUAUAAGCUGAGUAGAUAGGUCUCGAAGUUAAAGAGCAAAAGAAGCUUAUUGCGACUAAUUCUAAGGAGCUAAAAGAGUUGGAGAAGAAAAAAUCAGACUUAAAUAUCAUAAAACAAGACACUCUCCAAGCUUUAAAUCCUAAUUAAAAAGAUAUAUUGCUUAGGAGAGCAAGCCAAUAAUUUGAAUAACAGCAAUCCCUUUUAAAAUAGUAGCAACAAUAAUUAAUUUAGUAGCAAUAGUUAUUAGAAAAGUAGCAUUUAAUAUAGUAAUAGCUACAGUAAUAAUUGCUAGCUUAAUAAUAGUAACUACAAUAAGUACAGUCAAAAUAAGUUAAUCCUCAGUAAGCAAAUACAGCAUAACAACCACAGUAAUAAGUGGUAGUAACCUAACCUAAUAGUAACGCUUAAGCUCAAUAAGCAUAAUAAAAUAUAAAUGAUAAAAACUCUAAUAUGUAAAAGGCACAAAUGAAUUUGCCAUAGCUUAAAAAACCGAAUUCUUAGCCUGCUGCUUCUUAAUCUCAGCCUAAUUCACCUCUCAUGAGCGCUAGAGGAAGAAAAGCAGAAAAUGAUGUUAAUUCUUCAUUUGACUCAGGCUCUGUAAAAAGUGUUGACAAACCGCGUUCUAUAAUGAAAAGAAGAAACAAUAAUGAUCUGAACAGCUCAUUUAAUUCUGACGCUGAUAGCUAAAAGAGUAAAGCAAAAAAGAAAGUCAAGUUCAAAGAAAGUGCUUUUAAAAAGACAUCAAAAAAGAAGAAAUCAGGAUACUGA